AUGGGAAUGUGGAGAUCUUCGAUCGUUCUUCUAAUACCCCUGCUGUGUGGAUUGGCUAGUGCCUCACCCGACCUGGGAUUGGAUAUCUCCAUGGACUAUGUUACCCAGAACAAUCCGAACGUACUGUCGGCGGCCAACAUGGUAGGGUCGGCUACCUCCGAUCUGCAAGGUGCGAUCGGUGGCUACCAGAUAUCGAAGCUGAACGGCUCAACCAGUUUGAUUGCGUCCGGCGAGGCACUGGUCUCACUCGUCGGCAACAUCACCGUGAACGUGAACGAAGUACUGCGCAACAUCUCGAUCGUGGCUAGCCAGCGGCAGCUGUCGCCGUCCUGUAUGUUCGGCAGCAUGAACGCCACCAUCGAUCGGGCAUACGUGGCACUCGACCAGGCCGGAGCAUUGAUAACGUUAAUUCAAACGUCCACCUCGUCCCAGAACAGUGGUGCCCUCACGUCCUGGAUGAAGAUGAUCCAGACGGCGGUGACGGACAUCUCUACCUAUCUGGACACACUGUACAAGCAGGUGACGGCGGUAAUGGCGGCCGGACCCCUUUCCGCCAGCACCGUGUCGUCGAACAUUCAGCCAUCGACACUGUUCAACCUUGCCGGUGCAAUUUCGGUGGUGACGACGGCCGAGAAGGGUCUCACGACCACCGUUCGGACGAUCCGUACCUCCUUCGAACAAGCGACCAGCAUUCUGAACAGCUACAGCAACGACAUGACCAAUGCGCUGAACUCGGUCAACAACACCCAGCGCGAUUACUACAACCAGGUGGUAGGCCGCAUCAGCUCCUACCAGAGUAAGUACACCGGUGAGGCCACCAACGGUGUCAAUGACAUCGUGAACAGGCUGUCGCGUGUGAACCCAUUCAUGCAGGACUCGACAACCCGUGCCACCGCACUGCAGCUGAACGCUUCGAUCACGACCACGACCGCUGCCAUCCAGAGCGUCGCGAGCACUAUAACCGCCAGUCUGCAGGCCCAGAUGACGCAGCUCUAUACCGGUGCGGAGGCGUUCAUUCAGAACAACGUCAAGUCGUUGGUGCCGGUGUUUGACAAUUCACUGUUUAAGCUGGCACAGUUCAUGUCGCUUGGUGGUACGUACGCGAAUAGCUGCAAGGACAAGUACGGCGGUGCGAUCGCGAACCUCGAGAACAAUAUGCGCGACGGGUUGCAGAAAUGCUUGAACGAUUUCGCCAACACCGGGUACACGGAUUCGUUCAUCAGUGAGUACAACAUGGUGCUGCGCGAGCAGACGCGCACCAUUGCGAACCGUAUCGACUUCUGCCUCAAUUUGGGCUCUACCAGCUCAACGCCAGUGAUAAAGGCUGGCAUCGCUAAAUGCCUUUCGGAGACGGUCACCAUGAACGAUUCUCUGAUGAAGGAUGUCAGCAUCCAGACGAAGUUGGUCGUUGCGAUGAUCAAUCUGGAGAGUUUGGCGACGGUGCAGCGUGUGGAAAGCUGUGGCGCCAUUAUGAACCUGGGCCUGGUGGCAAAGGCCACCGCACUGGACGCUUUGCUGGCCGCCUGUCAGACCUCCAACCAGUAG